AUGACGACUAACUAUUUGGUGCCAAACACUAAACCGAUUAAUGGAAAUGUAUUUCAUUCAUUCGAAAAGAUAAAUGAAAUAUUCGCAAAGAAUGACGGAAGAAGAUAUUAUAGAGAACUUGAAAGUUCAUGCUAUGACUCUGAUGCUCCAUAUUUUGAUGAUAAACAAACUCAUUUAAGAAUUACAAAUCCGGCUCAUGAUGUGAACCAAUUAGGUGACACAUAUAUUAAACGCAAAGUUAAAGUAACUCUUGUUUCAAAUAAAGCUUUCACAUGUGAUGCCGCUUUUAAAUGCAUGCGUUUAUUCGUUGGUUACAAAUCAUCAAAUCAAAGCUUUAAACAAUUAGAAGCAGAAAGUGAAAGAGGUGAUGUCGGUUAUCUUCAGAUGGAUUGCGCCCGUGAAUCUUUCGCAUUUGCAACAUAUAAACCAAAAUCAGAAAGGAAAGUUAAAAAGUUUGUUCAUUCGCUAUAUAAUAAUGUUCAAAAAUAUGAUAACUCAGUAUGUGGUAAAUAUGUUGACCCUUCAGAAGUUUUCAAGAAAGCAAAUGAAGAAGUUGAU